CAUCUACGGCCCGGACGGCUUUCCGAUAGGGUACAACGGGACUGCAACCUCGCUACCGGCCCUCCCUCCCGGUACAUCCACCGAGGUAGUCGCGGGAGGGACGGAAGGCACUGGGCAGCCCGGACUCAAUUCCCCGCCCGGCGGCCUCGCGCCGGGCCAGGGUGCGAUCGCCCCGCCGCCGUUCGGGCAGCCGGGAGGGGGAAUGGCUAUUUUGCAACCCGUACAACAUUCGCCGGGCGUCAAGCCACGCAAAGACAAAGAUUCCACCUUGAUCUGGCAAAUCACUGGUGGUGCGUGCCUAUGCUGUUUGGUGUGCGUGGUUUUACCGAUCGUGUGGUGCAUCGUUGAUGGCUGCCUUUACAAGCGCAUUUGCGACCAAACCAACAACACGGGAAAUUCUUCGAGUUACUCUUCAACUAUAAAAAAGAAAGCGUCUAGUCUCAUCAGCGUCUGCAUGUGCCGGGUGGAACAUUUGAUUCUUUCAAACAGGAAAGAAGGGAACGGCGAGAAGUUUGGUUGCCUAGGAAAUUCCGCGGUCCCCUAGAAGAAAAGCCUAUGCGCAAGCAGAAUUGUCUCAUACAUGUUGUACCAGAUCGAACCUCGCUGCUUCUGUAGUGCGCUGAGCGCACACUAACUUCAUUUCGGAUUAGGAUUAAGUGCUUUUUUUAUGUAUUCAUUUUGUACCGCGGUAUCAAACCGACAUGCAUCAGAAGUUGAAGUAAAAUACUGGCCCGAAGCACGACGCUGAGGCACCAGCACCCUUUCGCACUUUCAUACGCGGCCGCAGGAGGGUUUCUUCAAGCCGAAGAAGGAGCAUCUUUUCAUCAAUGUCGAGCCGCAGGAGCAGCAGCAGGAGUCGCAGAAGCUCGAGCUCGAUGUUGUCUCUUCCUGUUUCCGCCGGCCCAGCAGCUGCGGAGUCUCCAAUCCACCACGGGGGUUUCGCUGGUGAUAACAGGACCUUGUUGUCCAUUGCCGCGCGUCGGCGGAAUAUGAAUCCUGUCGCUCUUUGGGCCGAACACGCCGCAAGCGGUCGCCGAAAAAAUGCGAUGUCUUUUCUUGCGUCCGCAAGCGCGGUCAGCUCGCGCAGACGUCAGGAUGAGCAUGUACCUGUAGUUUGAAUAGAAGUGUGAAUUUCAUAUGCGCAGUCAUGAAAAUUCUGAAGUCGGCUUUUCCGUGGCCCGAAGAACAGCUUCUAUCUUGGACGAUUCCCUGUCGUGCAACAAGUUUUAGCAUUUUGUCAAUAAGGAGACUCGGAAUCCGUUGCAGUUCCUGUUUGUAGCGGUGACUGUUUGAUAUUGAUGAGGGUUACACUGACUAAGACUAACAUGAAACGGAACUACAUCCAUG